CGCGAAGUCUGUUAUUGUGGUAUGUAUCCAAACCGUCACUCUUAGCGUAUUCUUCACUGGUAACACUGGCGAUGGAGGUGAGCAAGUGUCAGAGGUGACCGCGAGGAGAAAAGAGCGGAAACGAGUUGAGACACGUGGAGAGAGAUGCUCUGAGUACUGGUACGUAAUUCGCCGUGUGGCACGUGUACAACGCUCUUGGUAAGUGAGACAUUGCUAUAUUUGAUAUACUCAUGGAUAUUGCAGUGACCAUGAGUUAACGGCUACCUUGAGAUAGAGCUGAGUUGUUGAGUUGAGUGAUAUUCUGUGUGUAGCUCGAGUUUGAAUGCAACAUGUGAGGUGGCUGGUAUGCUAUCGGUUUGAGUUACUGGAGGUUACUUUAUGGAGGCUGAUGGAUGAGCUGUAGGGGUUGUUGUGGAGGCUCGUCGGGGACCACAUGGUUCCCACCUCAGUACUCAUCGCAAGUUCUUGAGCAUGAGAUAAGAGUGCUGAGUUGCGGGAUGCACGAUGAGUUCUCCUUUGGAGAUUCAGUUGUGCCGUGCAUCCACCGAUAAGAGCCACGGGACUUGGGGCCCUUCUAAUUUUCCCUGAGAGAGUUUAGAGGUUGCAUUCAUAACAAGAGAUGAGAUCGAGUUAGAUUUGAGAUGGAAUUGUACGCCCAUCGAGUGUUGAUUCAUGGUCGGUGCAAUGGCUAUGUUGUACUGUGUUAUAUGUAUAGACCCAUGUAGCCAGAUUGCUGUUACAUCCCUUCUAGAGUAAAAUCUCCGCUACAUUUUUGGUGGAGAUGCUUAAAACCGAACUUAAAGCAGUCUGUCGGUUGCGGUUGACGUCUUUGGAGAGAUAAAAGAAUUAAGUAUGAACUUAAUAUUGAGAAUUUUCUGUUCAACUCAAUUUUUUUUUGGUUUGGGUAUGCCCAUAGUGGUGUAUACACAUGGGGUAGUUAUGACCAUUGUGGUGGGUAUAGACAGGUAGUAAUAUAUUACCUACCCAACCAUGAAGAGAAUGUGCACGUCUCGAGCUCCGUACUUAAUGUUGCACGGAGGACCGGCCGACAGAUGAGUUUUAUUUGUUCUAUAAGUCUAAAUUUUAUUUACGCAGAAAUUGUAAUGUGUUUAAAAAAUUAUUGAUACAGGAGCGGUAUUUACGCAUUCUUUUAAACAUUGGCAACACUGCUCUGUCCACGUUCGGAAAUACACAACUCAUCACGUUCGGAAUUUAUUAUAUAAAUCUGUCAUUCUGUGCACCUUACUUCGUUUGUUUUAUUACAAAUUAAUUUAGGUGUAAGGAUAAUAAUAAAUAUUAAAACAUUUACUUGUUUUAUUUCCCUCACGGCUAUAUUUACGAUGCGGUAUAUUUGUUGUGUCUGGAACGAAUCGGCAGCGGACACGACAGAUUGAUAGGUCAGGUCGUGUAAAGGAGGCUUAAGAAAUAGAGUGAAGUUUAGUCUAUGGCUUAAGUUUUGUAAACUUACCCGGUUUUCUGUUCGUUUUCGCGUGCUGUGAUAAAAGUUUGUUUCUAGAAGUAAAAAUUAAAUAAAACUGUGUAAUUACUUAAUUUAGGAGUGCUAAAGUGUGUGAGCAGAUUGCUAAAUAACUCGCUAUUAGCAUCAAAUAGGACACACAUAAGAUUAAUAAGUAAAUGAAGAGUAUCAGUAGCUUGCAUUGCGUACAAAAUGGACCUUUUAGUUUCAACAUUAGAAUUGCGCUUAGAGAGGCUAACAGAAGCUUUAACGGGAGCCGCCGAGGCUCUUCAUAGUAUGGAGACCGGCGUAGAAAGGGACAGGAUAGUUGCCGUCAAAAUUAAUGUUAAUAAUAGAUUAUCGUCGUUCACAACAGACCUCAACAGAUAUUUGUCUGGUGAUAGCGCCAAUGUAAGAGAAGAUCUUUGGAAACAGUGUCGCGACGUGCAGAUUAAAGCGGAGGACGUGCUAACGGAAUUGGAAAUUGCCAUGAAACUCUACUGCCACGAAGGAGAUAACAAUAAUAGGACACGUCUACCUAAAUUAGAACUCGGCAAAUAUAAUGGUGAUGUCCUAAAGUGGAAUACAUUCUGGGACAAGUUUGCAGCCAAUGUCGACAAUAAGGAUAUUGCCAAUGUGGAGAAGCUCUCAUACCUGCUAGCAUCUUUGGAGGGACCAGCCCUUCAAGCAGUUGAGGGUUUGGAGACUACAAACUUAAAUUAUCCAAUUGCGGUCGAUAUCCUCAGUAGCCGUUUCGGUAAGCCUUCAAAGGUCAUUGACGCUCACAACGAGGCUUUGCAAAAACUUACGGUAGCAAAGGAUUUACCUGAAGAUUGUAGAUGCACUCUGAACGCCAUAGAGAAGCACCUGAGGGUAUUGGAGGCUCUAGGGGAGAAAGUUGAUGCUAGUCACCUUAGAGUUAUUAUACUUAAUAAAUUUCCAUCUAAAGUGGUAUAUCAAGUGCGACUGAUGGCGAUUGAUGAUUCAUUUUCUGCAAUCCGAAAGCUUUAG